ACCUUCCCAACACAGUCACAGUCUUGGGAUUUUCACCUGCAGCUCAUAUUGUCAUUUUGGUUGGAAGAAAUAGCAUAAUUCUUUUUUAAAAAAGGGGAAAAAAAGAUCCAUCCAGCAGCAAUUGUUGCAGCGCAAUACAAAUCAUAGAAGUAUGAACAUUGAGAGAAGGCUGACGGUGUUUUCUGUGCUCUUAGCAGCUUGCCGUGCUGCUUCCGGUGGCGAAUGGAAGGCCAGCGUCGUUAAGAGCGUCGACGCCCUGGUAGCUUCCUGUGUGGUGUUGCCUUGCUCGUUCAGCCACCCGAAAGAACAACUGCCCACCUCCAGACUGAGAGGAAUCUGGCAUUAUGAAGCUCAAAAGGACCAACGCAUUUACCAUCAGGAUAACACAAACGUGUUGGCGAGCUUUCGAGAUCGCACUCGGUUGUUGGGGCAUUUGGGCCAGGGCGACUGCAGCCUGGAGAUCACCAAAGUCAAAGACUACGACAACGGCCCUUUCUGUUUCCGCAUUGAAUUAGCUCGAACAGAAGGCGAUGCAUCCACCCCGGACAAAUUCUCCUUUGUCGAGAAUUGUGUGAAGUUAAAAAUGCUACCUGACCCGCCAAAACCAAUGUUGAUCCACGCCAACAAGGCAUUUGAAGGGCGUCUCUACACCGCCAUCUGCUCGGUGACCCACACUUGCCCCACCCACGCGCCCUCGCUAACGUGGAGCAAGGAGGACUCGCACGACGUCACCACCGUCAUCAGAGAAAUUCACGCCGGUUCUUGGGAGGUUCAGUCCAUCCUGGCCUUCGUUCCCCAGGCAACGGACGACCACCGAGAUAUCACUUGCACGGCCAACUUUUACGGGAGGAUGUCGUCCUCCGACAACUUCACUCUCUUUGUCAAACGCUCGGAGAACCAUCACCACAUCAUCAUUCCUACAGUAGUAGCGCUUGUGAUCGCUGUACUCUUUGGAGGACUUUGCAUUGUAAUGGUGAAAAAAUACAAGAGACGCAUUGCAGAACUUCAAGGUCAGCCCAGCUGGCGGAACCGCCUUUCGAGGCUGUCUCGCAGGACUCGACCGGAUCAUUUGGAACGAGCCCGAGCGAAUCAAAGGCGGCCGAGAGAAAACAUGGUGGAUCUGAAUCAUUUGCCGAGCACGUCAACGGCAACGUCAUCGGCAGCUGGACAGAAGUUCUGGAAAACUCAUCGACCGACUCCAAAAAUGUGCCAACCGGCGGAAGCGCUAUCAGCGCCACACGGAAAAGAAAACAAAAACCAGCCCAAAGUCUGGAAUUACAAACAGGACGUUUCCGACGAUGAUUACGAGAACACAGCCGAUCUUAAUGUGUACAGGAACCGCUGAAGAAAGGGACUCAAGUCAAAAGCUUAUACAUUCCAUUUGCAUUGUAAUCUUCUAGCAAUUGAAAUAUAAGCAAUUUUAUUCCA